AUGGCCCCUGCGCUCUCGUCGACAGCGGUCUCUGCUUCUAAUACGACGGUCUCGGCCCAGUCCGAAUACUACCCCGAGGAUGUGGUGUCGUAUCCGUCGAAAGAAGGAAGGACGCUCUAUGGCGUCGUCACGGUCAGUCGUCGUUCGUAUUGUGUGAGAGUGUUGAGCGGGGGUCGGGUGAGGGUGAGGGUGAGGGCGCGUUGGUUUGGGACUGGAUGGAGCUGCGACGGGUGGCGCCGAUCGGAUGCGGUCGACAGCAGAGGGAGGAGCGGCUAUCACAGAGCACGCUGUGCUGACUAGACGUGCCCUUUUCGUGACAGAGAUGCUGGGUCGACGAACUGAACCCCGAAGCCGAGGCCGAAGCCGACAGGAUGAAUAUACCUCACCUCGCUGUCAGUCUACAACUCUACCUACCACCCACCGAGGUUCGAGCUCUAGUUCUGACCCUCGGCGUCUGCUCCUGCAUCACAGUUGCGCCGAGGUGAACUUGAAGUGCUCCACCCCGCAGGCUACUCGUGCGUCGUAUCCGAAGAGGACGUUUCGCUCGUCGAUCGGGGAUUCCUCCCCUCCGACUUGGUCCGAAAGAGAGGUCGUCAAGGACAAGCAGGCACGAUCGUCGAGCUCGACAUUUCGGUCCAACUUCAACGCGUCAUCGAUCCGACCCCCGCUUCGACGACGUCCAACUCUGAUCCAUCGGACGUACCCGACCUCGAGAUCGCCCCGGAAUGGUACGACGUCCAUGAUCUCGGUCCGGCUACGGGCAUGUCGAGAGGGGAUCAUGUCGUCUAUCAGAAUUGGGUCGGUAUGAUCGAGGAGGUGUUCGAGUUGGCCAUUAUCGAGACAAAGCAGGGGACUUUGAAGAGAGCGUGUGAUGUUGGAGCUUAUCUGACCGUCGGGCCCGUGCCCCAGGUGAGAUCAAAUCUGGGAUCACCAGAGGAGCCUUGUUCUCCCCAGCUGGACUGACUCACUCGAAAUGAUGCUCCCCUUCAGGCCCGCGUCCCCUUUGAAGACAUGCUCAACCCUCUCUUUCCCUUACAAGCGAAACGGAUACGCGACGUCAAGCAACUCGCCGUGGCCGUCAACUGGCUCUGCACGAACCAACGACGACCCUGUCUGCCGACCGAAAGCGACGCCCUCAGACCGAAACGGUACUGGUCCGGCACGGACCUUGCGGGUUUACUCCUCGUUCGAGCGGGCGCUCAACAUCUUCAUUCGAUAGGUGACAAGGUCGUAUUCAAAGAUCCGAGUCGGGAACCCCCUCGACCUACCAAUGCACCAACCCUUUCCCCUCCUUUACCGGGCGAUCGAGUCUUUGUGAUCGCCAAUUCUCGCACGAACUGUACCGUGCUCUGGCAGGAUGGCACCCGAACGACGGACGCAGCGCACACUUUCGAACAUUGUACGAACCUCGACGAAGACGUCGAUACGUUUCCCGGUGACGUCGGCGUCUUCAACGGCGUCUCCCCCCCGCGCGUCGCCGUCGUCCAAGCGAUGGACAGCAAGAAGCGUACGAUCCGCGUGAGGUACCCCGAUCAUCCUGAAGAAGGGGAGGACGUGAUCAGCGGACUCGAAUUCGACCAAAUCGGUGCGCCUCCCGAAAUCUACCAUGCCAAACGUCACGAAGUGGUGCUGAUCGCUCAAGAAGGUUGGAAACACGCCUACGAACCCCCUACGAUCCCUCGACUCGGAGAUUCCGAAGUACUGAGCGGUACGUUCCCCGAUCCCGAAGAAGUGCGUUACGAACUUUCGAAGAUCGGAAUGCGCAUCGCCAACGCUUUACCGGAGGACCUCACCUCUUUUUCGUACGUCGAUUAUCCAUCACCGAGGAGCAAAGCCGAGGAGUUGGUCGGCGUUGAUUGGUAUGGGUUCGUUUCGGACUUGUUGUUGGAUGGUCGAUUGGUGAUCGAGUUACCUUCCAAGGUGAGAUUGACGUUGCCGAUCAAUCAAUUGUAUCAUCUCGAUGAUGGAUUGGGACCGGAUGGGGAGAUGGGACCACCUGGUGAGGAAGGGGAGGGGGACGGCAUGGAUGAGGACGCGAGUGAUGCGAGUUGGGUCACGGAUGAGGAAGCUGGGGAAGGGUUGAAUAUGCCGGGGGGUAUGGUGUGGGAGGAUGAUGAGGGUGAAGGAGGGCAGGAGCAGGAGGAGGAUGUUGAAGGUUGGGCGGAUCGGGAUGCGGAUGCGGAUGCGGAUGCGGAUGCGGUUGAUGCGGAGGGCGAGGGGGAGGGUGUGCCCGUGACGGAUAUCGUCGUCGAUCAAGAGCACGAGCCGGCUACAGUAGACAAGGAACUCAAGACGGCGACGGAAAGGACCCCUCAAGUCUCGAUGCCCUCGAGCAUCGUCGACGAUGAAAGGUGGUCGCGUUUCCUCAUUCUCGAACAAGCUCCUUCGGAUCACCACUAUCUCAACCAAACCCCUCUCCAACCGUCGAAACAAUUCAUGUCGCGAGUACAAAAGGAACAAAAAGUGCUCGCUUCUUCCCUGCCACCGAACAUCCUCGUCCGGGCCUACGAAGACCGUGCGGACUUGUUGCGAUGUCUGAUCAUCGGACCUCUCGGCACACCGUUCCAAAACGCCCCAUUCUUGUUCGACGUCUACCUACCCCCGACGAAAUUCCCGACCGAACCACCUCACGUCUUCUUCCACGCCUGGGUGCAAGGAACGCGCGUAUCACCUAAUCUGUACUCGGAAGGCAAAGUCUGUCUUUCGCUUUUGAAUACCUGGACCGGAACGGCGAUCGAAUCAUGGAACGCUUCCCGUUCUUCGAUCCUACAAGUGUUCAUCUCGAUCCAAUCCCUCAUCAUGGUCGAAAACCCUUAUUACACCGAACCCGGUUUCGAGAAACAACUUUCGACCGUCGAAGGUCAAGCGGCGAGUGAUCUCUAUAACGAACGAACGUUCGUCCUUUCCCGCGCGUUCGUCAAGAGGGCCGUCGAGUACGCGCCGAUGGAUUUUGAGAAGGAGGUGAGGGCUUAUUAUGUUGAUGGGUUGGAGGAAGGCGUUCCGGGGGUUUUGGGGUUGAUCGUAAGACAGAGUAGGGCUUUGUUGGAGGAGAGUGCCGAGUUUGAAGAGGAACAAGGGAGUAGGGAGAGCAGUGUGGUCGAGGGGUUGAAGGUGCUGACUGAAGGGGCGGGGUUGUCGUUGAAGAGGACCUUGAUGGGGUUGGACAAGUUGGUGGAGCAGGUAUAG